GCAGACGUACCAUACCAUGACUGACAAGUCCGCGCUCUCAAAUGCCAACUAUCUUUUAAAGGCAGUUCUCUACCCCGUUGCCUGAAUUCUGAGUUUUGCAGCUUGGUUUCAUCGUUUAGACCGAAGUGUAAGACGCAGAAUAUCCCGUAAUGUUUGUUCCCCUCGACAAAUACCGCGAUCAAGAUUGGAGUGAUUGGACAUUGAUUUUCCCUGUCGUGUCCAUCGGAAAUGCCGCUCAGCUUGCGAUCGACCUCCUCUGUUCGUCGUUGGACACCGAAUUAUGUGGAUAUAUGCAUUCAGUAUCACUCUUGCCCCUUGUGGGAGGGAACCCCUACAAAGAUGGAGAUCCCCGGUUGGCCACAGCCUGUCAGCUAUACGCAUGUUCAUCAAAGAAAAUACUUUUAAUACAGCAACGCACACCUGUAUCACCGAGUUGUCGGGGUGAAUACAGUUCCAAGCUGACCAGCUGGAUGAAGUCGAUGAACUUCCGUCUGGUCGUGAUGUUAGCAACAUGCCUUUCGCAAUUCCGCAGUCCUGAACAACUCAAAGGGAGUGCGCUGCAGUAUCUUUGCGGAAACGCGGUCGACAAAUCAACUUCGAAAGAUAUCGAAAACUUCGGUUGGAAAAUUUUCGAGAAACAGGAUCCGUUGACAAAACUACCCGACCCUGAGGGAGGAGUGUACCUGAUGCCGGGUUCUGGAAUGGCUCGACCUAUUCUAGAGAAGUCGUUCCAGAGUGACGUGCCUGUUGUCAUGAUGCUACUUUACUGUUCUGAAGGUGACAACACACCCGAUGCUCUGCUUCUGGCGGAUUCUCUCAACAAAUGGCUCCGUCUCGCGGAUAAAGGGUGGAGAACUCCAAUGUCGUGGAGUCAUCUUUUCGGCCAAGCGGCUCCGAAAGAACUCUACUGAUUAACUUAAAAAUGAUUAACAUUCAUCAUGGUAUUACUUCCUGGAUAUUGACCAAACGAUGGAUCGAUGUCUCAGACAUGGGUGAUCGGUUCUUUUGACUAUUGGAGCAGCUCUCGGAAUUGUUGACCUCCGAUGAUUCCUCUGAUCAUCGGGGCCGUAUCUUGAGAAUCGCGGAUAGAUUAUUAUCGAUCGAGCAGAGAGC